AUGAAUCCUCCGAACGAAUUCCCCGACGACUUCUCGUCUUUCCCCCCUAUCCCAUUCGCCCUCGUCGUCCCUCCUGAAAACCCUAACCCUAACCCUAACCCCAACCCUAAUCCAACCCUGCCGCCAAGUCAGACCCCACUCGAAGACCCUAGCUCGUCUCAUCCACUCUCAUUCACGGUCCCGAAGAAGCGGAGGCGCGGCCGGCCUCAUCGUCCCGCGACGUCGUUUCACCUCCCCCAAUUCCUCAACGGCGGCGUCAAUAGUAACGGUAACAGUCUCGCUUCUUCUUCUGGUAUCUCAAUUCCAGCUAAUUCGAUUAGACACAAUGUGGAAAACCCUAGCUCGAAACCGGCGCCGGAUAUGUCCGACGAGAUCAUCGUGAUCAAUAAGGAGUCCACGGCCGAGGCCCUGAUCGCGCUCUCGGCCGGGUUUCCGGCCGAUUCCCUCACCGAGGAGGAAAUCGAUUUCGGAAUUAUUAGAGUGAUUGGGGGAAUAGAGCAGGUGAACUACAUUCUUAUUCGGAACCAUAUUAUUGCGAAAUGGCGCGAAAAUGUGUCCAAUUGGGUUGCCAAGGACAUUUUUGUGAACUCUAUACCCAAGCAUUGCCAUGGUCUUUUGGAUUCUACUUAUAACUAUCUUGUUUCGCAUGGAUAUAUUAACUUUGGGAUUGCGCCAGCUAUUAAAGAGAAGAUUCCUGUUGAGGCUAGUAAGCCGAGUGUGAUCAUCAUUGGUGCAGGGCUGGCUGGUCUUGCUGCUGCGAGGCAGAUGAUGCGGUUCGGGUUUAAGGUGACGGUUUUGGAGGGUAGGAAGCGUGCGGGCGGGCGUGUGUAUACUAAGAAAAUGGAGGGAGGGAUUAGGGUGACACAAGCAGCAGCGGAUUUAGGUGGUAGUGUUUUGACUGGUACGUUAGGGAACCCGCUUGGCAUUGUUGCGCGGCAGUUGGGGUACUCGCUUCAUAAGAUUAGAGACAAGUGCCCGCUUUAUAAUGUAGAGGGGCAGCCUGUGGAUCAUGAUAUGGAUAUGAAGGUGGAAACUGUUUUUAACCAACUUUUAGAUAAGGCAAGUAGGCUUAGGCAGUCAAUGGGUGGGGUUUCGGUUGAUGUGUCUCUUGGUUCGGCAUUGGAAACGUUCUGGCAGGUUUCUGCGAAUGCUGUGAAUGCUGAGGAGAUGAACUUAUUCAACUGGCAUCUUGCAAAUUUGGAGUAUGCUAAUGCCGGUUUACUAUCAAAACUUUCGCUUGCAUUUUGGGACCAAGAUGAUCCGUAUGAUAUGGGAGGGGACCAUUGCUUCUUACCUGGUGGUAAUGGCCGGCUGGUGCAGGCUUUGGCAGAGAAUGUGCCGAUCCUGUAUGAGAAAACUGUUCACACCAUUAGGUAUGGUAGUGACGGGGUACAGAUUCUCGCUGGAAGCCAGGUUUUUGAGGGCGAUAUGGUUUUGUGCACUGUUCCGCUAGGUGUUUUGAAGAGUGGGUCCAUCAAGUUUAUUCCAGAGUUGCCUCAGCGAAAGCUUGAUGGAAUUAAGAGGCUGGGGUUUGGGCUGUUGAAUAAGGUUGCAAUGCUUUUUCCUCAUGUGUUUUGGGGCACAGAUCUUGAUACCUUCGGCCACCUCUCUGAUGAUUCAAGCCGUCGAGGGGAAUUCUUCCUGUUUUAUAGCUAUGCAACAGUUGCUGGUGGUCCUCUCUUGCUUGCUUUAGUAGCAGGUGAAGCUGCACAUAAGUUUGAGAGCAUGCCCCCUACCGAUGCUGUGACCAGGGUUCUGCAGAUUCUUAAGGGUAUCUAUGAACCACAAGGUAUUAGUGUCCCAGAGCCCAUCCAAACUGUGUGUACCAGAUGGGGAAGUGACCCCUUCAGCCUGGGUUCUUACUCUAAUGUUGCAGUUGGGGCAUCAGGAGAUGAUUAUGAUAUUUUAGCAGAAAGUGUUGGAGAUGGGCGUCUUUUCUUUGCCGGUGAGGCUACCAAUAGGAGAUAUCCCGCAACUAUGCAUGGAGCUUUCCUUAGUGGUCUCAGAGAAGCCGCCAAUAUGGCUCACUAUGCUAAUGCUCGAGCUCUGAGGAUGAAGGUUAACAGGAACCCAUCAAAGAAUGCUCAUUCUUGUGCUUCCCUUCUUGCAGAUUUAUUCAGAGAACCUGAUUUAGAAUUUGGAAGUUUUUCUGUUAUUUUUGGUCAAAGAAAUGCUGAUCCCAAGUCUACAGCAAUUUUAAGGGUGACAUUUAAUGACCCUCGGAAGAAGAGUCAUGAAGGAUCAAGACCUGAUCAACAGCACUCAAAUAAGUUACUUUUUCAGCAGCUUCAGUCACAUUUUAAUCAGCAGCAGCAGCUUCAUGUUUACACUUUGUUAUCUAGGCAACAGGCUCUUGAGCUCCGCGAAGUACGAGGUGGUGAUGAGAUGAGGUUGAAUUACCUCUGUGAAAAGCUUGGGGUGAAGCUUGUGGGGAGAAAGGGUCUGGGGCCUUCAGCUGAUUCUGUGAUUGCCUUAAUAAAAGCUGAGAGGGGCAAUCGUAAACCAGCUUCAACUUUAUCAUCUUUGAAGGCUGGGACAUCGAAGCUAAAACCUGGCACUUUCAAACGAAAAAUGGUCAGAAGGGCUAAAAUACUGCGUAGCAUUAAUGCGUCUCCCCUUUCUGGUAAUUCAAACUUGGCUAUUGGUAAACUCCCAGAGGAAAAUAAGAACAGUGUUCAAGCAGUCUCCAGCACACUCGGUUCAGGCCAAAACAAUACUGACGUGUUGAAGCCAUGAAUUGAUGCCUGCUGCCAUGAGAUUUAUUCUAGGCUGGUUGAGCUCGAGGGAGUCGUCCCUUAUGGUGCAGGCUUUGCCAAUUGAUGGGACUGUUCCUCUUGACCUUUGACUCUGUACAAACGACCACCACUAAUUUUCUGCUGCCAACUUUGUUAGAGCUACUUUCAGCUGAGCCACACCUCCCUCGCUCAGUUCUGAAGAAAUUUGUUCAACUUGUUGCCUUCUGAGUACAUUGAGCAAGACCAACUGCGUUCCCUGCCAUCUUUUAAUAUAUCCGUCAUCAAAUUAAAAGGAAAUGAUGAUACCGGGAAUCAUGUUUGGCUAGGGUGAGAACAAAUUCAGAUGAUAUUCAUGAACAUACUGUCCUUGACGCUUUUGCCAAGUG